AGAAAAGUCCGGCCGGGCAUGCCACUCUAGUUUGCACCAUCGGAAUCAUCAUCUCACCGGAAAUAAUGGUGGAAAGGGAGGCCGGGAGAUCCAUCGCCGAAACCCCCACGUGGGCUUUCGCCUCCGUCGUCACCGCCUUGGUCUGCCUCGGUUUCCUCAUUCACGGUGGUCUCAAUAAGAUUGCCAUGGUAUGUGCGCACUGUUCAAUAUUCAUAACAAAUUGUAAUCUUGGAGUUGUAUUUUUUUAAUUUUACCUUAGUGUACACAGCACACACACAAAUAAAUGACAACGAUAAUAAAGUGGAUGACACACGAUUUACGUGGAAACCCUAAAUCGGGGAGAAAACCACGGCCGCUCAACAACGGCUCCCAAACUUCCACUAAUCACCAAGAAUCAAGUGGGUACAACAAGUUCUCCUCUCUAGUAAACACUAGAGGCAUACACAAUCAUCAAGGAGCAACCUUGGAACAACAACAAUCAACAAUUCACCAUAAAAUGGAGUAAAAACUUCCAAAAACGCAGGUCUGAAAACGCAGCCAGAAAACAGCCUUCCGGGCAUCAAAACGAGAAACUGACCGUUGGAUAUGAAGAGGAGUAUGUGAGGAACAACAUACUAAAAUUUGAGCACGAUCGGACUUUGUUUGGCCUUCGAUCCGGACGAGAAAAGUGGCUGCUGCACAAUGUGGCGGAAAUCUGAUUUUUCUUUCUUUUUCCUGCGUUAGCUACUGCCUUCACUACUUCUCCUCUUCCCUUUUUUUUUCUUUAGUUAGUAGCCACACACAAUACAAGAGAAUGGGCCACCAAAAAAAAUAUUUGGGCUAAAGCUUUACACAAAAAAUAAGCCCAAAUAGAAAAGAUAGAUGUAAACCUCAUCAUAUGUCUCUGGCUCUCCUCCAUCCGUGACUAGCACAAAAUCAUCCUCCGAAAGUCUUGUGGAAGGUUUUCUGACUCUGGUGGAUCUUCUCAACUGAGGUGGUAGUGACUCUGAAUGUGGU